AUGGGUAACAAACAAAAAACUGAGAAAAACUUGAAGAGACGAAUCGUUAAAGAGACUGCAAAAUUGGAAUCUGAAUCUGAUCAAAGUGACGAGGAAGAUUUUCUUAACGUUGUGAACAACGAGGAAGCAGACAGUUCAGACGGUGACGAGGAAAUCGAGGAUUCCGAAGAUGAAAAUAACGAAUUUACUGAAGAAGAAUCUGAAGCAGAUUCUGACGUUUUAUCAGCAGGUGGUGGUGAAGAGGAAGAUGCUGAUGAAGAGAGUGAAGAUAUCGACGAUAGUGAAGAUGAAGAAAUCGACGAAGAAAGUGAAAAAGACGAAAGUGCAAGCGACCAAGAAGAUGAAAGUAGUGGUGAGGAAGAAUUACAGAAUGAAUCGGACAAGGUCAAGACAAAGCCUAAGAAAGGCUCAGCCAUCGAAAAAACUAGUGAUAGCAGUGUAGAAAAAACUCUUAAUAAGUCUAAAACUACUAUUGAUUCAGCAAGUAUUGCAAAUGUUUUUCAUGAGUAUGACCAUGACACCUCAGAUGAAGAAGAUAUCAGAAAUACUGUAGGAAAUGUACCUAUGAAUUGGUAUGAUGAAUAUAAACACUUAGGGUAUGAUUGGGAUGGAAAUCAAAUAAUCAAACCAGAAACUGGAGAUCAGUUGGAUGCCUUCCUCAAGAAAAUGGAGGAUCCUGAUUUCUGGAGGACUGUUAAAGAUCCUCAGACUGGACAAAAUGUAGUUCUUAGUGAUCAGGACAUUGAACUGAUCAAAAGAAUAAAAGCACAGAAGAUUCCAGAUGUUACUUUUGAUGAAUAUGCACCUUGGAUUGAAUGGUUCACGUCAGAAGUGGAACAAAUGCCUCUGCGCAAGUUUCCCGAGCACAAGCGCUCCUUCCUGCCUAGUAGGCAUGAAGCCAAGCAAGUUUCUAAGCUGGUGCAUGCCCUCAAAAUGGGGUGGAUCAAGACGAGAGCGGAGCAGGCCGCUUUGAGGGCCAAGAAGGAGCCCGAGUUCUACAUGCUGUGGCAGACUGACGAUGGGGCGGAGGAUAUGCGAAGGAUACACAAGCAUAUUUCGGCGCCAAAGAGGUUGUUGCCAGGUCAUGCGGAAAGCUACAAUCCCCCCCCGGAAUAUCUCUUUGACGCCAAAGAAAUCAAACAGUGGAACAAACUAAAGAAUGCUCCGUGGAAAAGGAAGCUGCACUUUGUUCCUCAGAAAUUCGAUUCUCUGAGAAAAGUUCCAGCUUAUCCGAGAUUCAUCAAAGAAAGGUUCCUGAGAUGCCUGGAUCUCUACUUGUGUCCGAGAGCAAUCAAGAUGAAGUUGAACAUCGAACCAGAAUCGUUGGUGCCAAAAUUACCGAGUCCCAAAGAUUUGCAACCCUUUCCCAAUGUCUUGGCUAUCGAAUAUAAGGGUCACACUGACAUGGUGCGCAGCAUAAGCACAGACAAAUCCGGUCAAUUUUUGUUGAGCGGCUCGGACGAUUGCACCGUCAAGGUGUGGGAGGUGAACACCGGCAGAUGCGUGAAGACUAUCGUAACGGACAGCGUUGUCAGAUCGGUAGAGUGGUGUCCGAACGCGGCGUUGUCUUUGGUGUUGGUAGCAUCUGGGCAGGAGGUGAUGUUGAUCAACCCGAAUGUCGGCGAUUUCGUGGUGAGCAGCAAAACAGACUCGGUACUGCGCGAAGUACCCAAGUCUGACGCCGCGGUACCGGAAAGGGUACGCACCACGGUACAGUGGGCGGAGCCUGACGAGGCGAGGUACGACCGAGGCGUGCGGAUAUCGUUGCAGCACUUCAAGGAGGUCACGCAGGUCACGUGGCACGGCAAAGGGGAUUAUUUCGCCAGCGUGAUGCCCGACGGACAGAACAGAUCUGUCAUCAUUUCGCAGAUAUCAAGGAGAAGGUCUCAACUACCCUUCACGAAAUCCAAAGGGUUGGUCCAGUGCGUCCUAUUCCACCCUACCAAACCCUGUCUAUUUGUGGCCACACAGAGACACGUCAGGAUAUACGAUUUGGUUAAGCAGACCUUGCUCAAGAAACUUUUGACCAACUCCAAGUGGAUAUCCACCAUGGCCGUCCAUCCGGGCGGCGACAACCUGUUGGUCGGCACUUAUGACAGAAAAAUGCUGUGGUUCGACCUCGAUCUGAGCACGAAGCCCUACCAGACGCUCAGGCUGCACGGAACCGCCGUCCGAGGGGUGGCCUUCCACAGGCGGUAUCCGCUCUUUGCUUCUGGUUCUGAUGACAGGAGUUUGAUUGUGUCGCACGGGAUGGUGUACAACGACUUGCUGCAAAACCCGCUCAUCGUUCCAUUGAAACGUCUUCAAGAUCACGACGAUUUCAAUGAUUUUGGAAUUUUUGGAGUACAUUUCCAUCCUUUGCAGCCCUGGCUGUUCUCUUCAGGAGCUGAUGGAACUAUUAAGCUUUACUCAAAUUGA